CCCGUAGGCCCGUUUCGCUGCCAUAGUGACGAACGCAGCAAGAGACGCUAGUGCUAAAGGUGACAGUGUGUAUGCUGGAUCAAAGUCAGGACAGCAGUCAUGUCUUUUCGAGAUCUCAGAAAUUUUACAGAGAUGAUGAGAGCACUUGGUUACCCCCGUCUCAUCUCCAUGGAGAACUUCAGGGUUCCAAACUUUCCUUUAGUGGCUGAAAUUCUCAUCUGGCUUGUCAAGAGAUACGAACCUCAGAUGGAAAUUCCAAGUGAUAUUGACACAGAGUCAGACAGGGUGUUUUUCAUCAAGGCUGUGGCUCAAUUCAUGGCGACUAAGGCUCACGUGAAGCUGAACCUUAAGCGUCUGUAUCAAGCAGAUGGAUACGCUGUGAAAGAGAUGCUGAAAAUCACCAGCAUUCUCUACAAUGCCAUGAAGACCAAAGAGAACGCCAUUGAUCCCAGCCAAGAGGAAAACAGCAAGUUCAAGUUUGAUCUCGGGUCAAAGAUAGCAGAUUUGAAGGUGGCACGUCAGCUGGGCUCUGAGAUCACAGCGAAGGGAGCGGCACUGUACGAUCUGCUGGGGCACGAAGAGGACCUGAGAGAGAACAGGACAGCGGCGAUCGCCCGACCUCUAGAAAUCACAGAGACAGAGAGAGCCAUAAGAGCAGCUGUGAAAGAUGUCACGGAGAGCAUCCAGAUGACCAAAGAUCUGCUCAAUAACGUGUCGUCUGAUGAGGCGAGUCUCGAAGCCAAAAUUGAAAAGAAGAAACAGGACUUGGAGAGAAACCAGAAACGUUUACAAACGCUACAGAGCGUGCGUCCGGCGUUUAUGGACGAAUACGAGAAGAUCGAGGAGGACUUGGAGAAACAGUACCAGACAUAUGUGGAGAAGUUUCGUAACCUCAGCUUCUUGGAGCAACAGCUGGAUGACUAUCACAGAGCUGAACAGGAACGCUUUGAGGAAGCAGAAAUGACAAUGAAAAUGAGACAAAACAAAUUAAAAGAGGAGGAGAAGAGACUCAUGAGGAGUGGAGCAAAAGAUGAAGACUCAGAUGUGGAUAUCCCAGAAGAUGAAGGAUCUGACAGUGAUAUAGAAGAUGGACAGCAUCCCAGGCCACACCUCUUACGUCACGCCCAUUUAUCAGGUCGAGGUGGUGCCCGAUUCGUUGGCAGUAUGAGAGGAGGAGAGAGUGAGGAGCCCAAAGCAGAGGAGCAAAUCCAAAAGUCGGAGGACAGCGAGAUCGAUGUGGAUGAUGAUGAUGAAGAUGGUGAGGAUGAUGAUGAGGAGGAAGGAAAUGAGGAUCUUGAUGGAGAUAACGACAGUCUGGAGGGCUCAUCCGCCAAACCUGGACGACCAAACCGAUCACUGCACCCUCAGAUACUCGAGGAGAGCGAUAAUGAUUUUUAACACAUGACUCACAUGAUUAUUCAAUGACCUGUAAAUAAAAUCUUAUCUUGUUUUGUCA